UGUCGACAAGUAAAAAUCGGUUUUUCUUAGCUCGAUAGUGUGCGGUCCAUGUCGCUGAUUAAAUAAAAAUUAAGGAAAAUUAAUAAUUUGCGCUGGGUUCCAAAGCUAUAAAAUACGGUUUUCAAUUACUUACAAAUAUCGUGGAUAUAUAAGAAAUUAUCUAACAAAGAAAUAAAUCGUGUCGCUCCAGGGAAAAUUUCCAUUAAAAAUGUUUUACAUUUAGGAAAAAAGUGCCAAUCACCUGUAAAGAGCAAAAGAAACAAAAAAUAAAUGUUGUGUGUUGGUUGAACAACUGAGUGAGUGUAUUUAAUGUUGAAAUUGUGUGUUUUUCUUCAGCGACAUUAAUACAAGUGUGGUGACAACAACCAGCCAGCAGCCACCAACCAGUGAAAAGCCAGCCAGCCUGGCAGGCAUACAUGUAUAAAUAAUAAUUAAUACGAAGAAUAAAAAGCAGAAGACAACAAGAAAAAUAAAUAAAAGAAAUUAAAAAAAAUGUGCAAAAAAAUAUAAAAUAAAUUGUAAAACAAAGUGGUAAAAAAUUAAAUUACAAAAACAAAACGUAUAUGAAAAAUUAAAACGCCGCUAAACAUCAACGUUUAUUCAAAGAUACAAUAACAUUUAACUAAAAUAAAAAAUUGUUUUUUUAAUAAGAAAAUUUAAAAAGUUUCUAAUAUAGAUAUUUUUAUAAAGUGAUUAAAGGGCAAACAUUUGUUUGGCAAAAUACACACCCUUUUUUUAAAACGUCGCUGGUGUGUGCGUUAAAAAUUGUAUGCAAAGUGUCAAUAACACCAAAAAGUAACAAGAACAACAGCAUUCUACUGUUUCUUAUUGUUGUUGCCAAUUCUUUAAACCGACAACAAUAGCAACAACAUAUUUGUCCAACAUUUAUAGGUUGGCGUUUUUUAGUGGUUGGUUAUUACCUUUUUUCUUUUUGCAAUUACAUGUGUGUUUGUUAAAAGAAGAGAAAUAUCAAAAAUAAAAGAAGAAAAAUAAACAAAAUAAAACAAGAAAAAAGUUGUAAAAGUUUGUUUGUUGGGUGUUUUUUAACUGCCCACUGAUUAGUGUUUCUGUGUGUUUUUUUCUCAUUCGUGUUUUGUCAUUCAUUAAGUAAUAAAACAACAACUACAGCAAUAAUAAAAAAGAUUAAGAAAACAAAACAACAUACCUACUCACUUACACAAAAACAGUGCAAUUGUUUUAUGUCGUUGUUUUAGUUCAUGUUUUGUCAAAAAAUAAAUCUUAUGAGAAAAACUUUUUGGUCUGUCUAUUGGAUAAAUUUUUUUAAAUAAACGUGUAUACAGUGUGAUUUUUAAGUGCAGAAAACAAAAACCUAAUAAAUAGGUACAAUCGCGUGGGAAAUAUAUGUAAUAAAAUUACAAAACAAAGCAUACGAAAAAGGUUUCUUGUUAAACAGUUACCGGCUUCUUAAAAAUACAAGUAUUAUUGGCUGCAGCUCACUGAUUGACUGUCUGUCUGUCGACUGCAAAUUUUGUAGUGGUUGCUAUUUAAAACAAGUUUUAAUACGAAACAACAGUGAAAAAUAAAUAUUUGCCAAGAAUUCUACAAAGUGUGACUAAAAUAAAUACAAAUUUUGUUUUUGAAGAGCAUAAAAUACAAAAUUAAUUUGUAUAAAAAACGAAUGACUCAACAUUGUGCAGAAACUUUGAAUACAUUAACCAGUUAAUUAACAUCAUCAAAAAGGAUUAACAAAAGGGUAAACUAUUAAAUAUCAUCAUCAACAGUAAAUAUUAGAAAUAUUACAAUACUCCUCACAACUACCACAUCGGGUUUUUUAUCAACACUGACAAAGAUUUUUAAAUUUUUGAAUAAACAAAUUUUAAACUAACGAUAUUAAACAUUUUUCUGAGAUCUAACACCCAUCCUACUUAUUCAGAACGUGUUCGAACACAGCUACAGCAAUUAUUCAAACAAUACUUUUUUCUCUCGCCCAUAUUGUGAGUUGGGGGUUGCUGUGAAACGUGUAUUAGGAAAAUUUAAGGAGUUUAAGUAAAAUAUAGAACUGUCACGAUUGUUUUUUUUUACAAUUUACUGCUUCUUUGGAUGUAAAGUUCGUACAAAGAGAAAUCAAAAGAAAAGGAAAUAGCAGCUGCAAAUGACAAGAAACAAUAAAGUUUUGCAUAAACAACAACGAGUUUAAGAAGAAAAAAAAAAUUAAAAAUUGUAAAUUUUGUUGAAAAUUAAAAAACAAAAAAAAUAUAAGGAAUUUUAAAGAAAGUGGUUGAACCUAAGGAAAAUGCACAAAAAUACUAAGAACCACAACAUAUCUGAUAACAGCCAAAAAUUUUGCACAAUUUUAGAGAAAAAGUAUUUGUUAUAAUUUAAAUCAGCAUAACAACAACGGAAGCUAGUGCAGCAACACUAAGGAAACGGAAGCUAAAAAAAAAACAUAAAUAAAACAUUAAAUAUCAAAUAUCAUCAAAUUUUAAGGUGUAGGAAGAAUAAGAAAAUCAUAAGACCAGUAGAUACAGCAGAUUUUGCAAAAUUUGAAAUAUCACUUGAAAGGAAAUUGAAAACAAUGCCAACAAAAUCAAUUGUCAAUUUGAAAAGAAAAACUUAUGGCAAGAAAUAGCUUAAAUUAAGAAGCGCACAAACUUGUGGUAAUGUUGUUGUGCGGCAAACGAAAGUAAAAUAAAUAAGGAAACGGAAACAAGCUACCACAAAAAGAAAAUUGUACUUGUCAACAACAUUUAUAACCACCAAAAGCUGCACAAACACUUAAACUCGCUGUCAGCAGCAACAAAAACUGCUGAAAAGAUUUCUACCAAGAAACCAAGAAAACUAACCACAAAACUCAUGCAUUUAAACAUUAAAUUAACGUUUUUAACAAAAAAACAACAAAAGUGGAAAACUUAAAGCUACAAAUAAAACUAAAUAAAAAAAAUAUACAAAAAGACAAACAAAAAUCAAAAAAAGAAAGAAGAAAUUUAAGAGAAAAAAAGGAAGCAGCCAAGUAAUUGUAAUCGUUGUGUAACUACAGUUACACUUAGUAGUAGUCAUAGUGUAAGAGAGAGAAAGAAACACCCAGAGAGCAGGAGAUUAAUUGGAAAUUGUACUUAUCAGUAAGCGAAAUUUAUAAAAAAAACAUCUGUCUGAAUUGCACAACUGAAAAUCAACUCCCCUCUUCACAUCAUUGACGUCAAUAACCAUAAAAUAAAAAUAAAACAACUACAGUUUUCAUUUGAGGAGUCAAGUCCUUGAGUUUAUUGUUAAAACAUCUCAUCCCUCUCUGCAGCAACAAUAACAACAAAAAAAAUAUUCAACAACUGUUUAUUAUUAUCUGUUGUUUUGUUAAAAAACAACAACAACAACAAUAAUAACAACAACAACCAUUGAGGUGUGUGUUUUACAAGUUUGAGAGCGGCCUAGGAUUUAAUAAAAAACCGCCAACCUGGAACUAAUGGAAUUAGAGAAUAUUGUGGCCAAUACGGUCUACUUAAAAGCUAGAGAAGGUGGUUCCGAUAGCAAUAAAGGAAAGAGUAAAAAAUGGCGAAAAAUCCUACAAUUUCCCCACAUAUCACAGUGUAUACACCUGAAAGACAAAUUAGAUAUAAGCUACGGCUAUGUCAUAGACCAACAGCCAAUUGGACGCGAACUAUUCCGACAGUUUUGUGAAAGUAGAAGACCGCUAUACUUUCGUUAUAUAUCAUUUUUAGAUCAAGUCCAAAAUUUGAACAAAUUUCCCUUGCACCCUUUUUUUAGAUAUGAAGUAGAAUAUGAUGAGCAUCGUCUGACAAUAGCACACGAUAUUGGCAGUCGAUUUUUAGACAUUGAUGUGCCCUCAUCGUUGGACACUUUAAACAAUGGUAAUACAGUAGAGGGUGCUGUCAACGAUGUGGGUGCAGCGAACGAUGAUACUAUUAAUGACGAGAGCGUUGAACGGCAGCAGGAAUAUCAAACAACCUCCUCAAUAGAAAUGGAAAAUAUCAAUACAACGCCAACUACCGCAACAACAAAUCCUGUAGAGACUGAAUUAUAUAACUAUACCACCGCCAAUAAUACCAGUAGUAGUUGUAGCAACAAUCAUAAACAUUUUCAGCAUCACAAUGGUGAUGAACAUGGUGGAUCUUCCGGUGUUACUUACGAUGGUGAUGGAGGAGGUGGCGGUGGUGGGGGCAGUAAUGAUGAAGGCGGUGGUGGUGGUGGCAGUGGUAGUGAGACAACAACCAUGGUGGCCAAAUUGAAUGGCAAUUCCAGUAAACCAGCUUUAUCUGCCUCCGAUGAAUUUGUUUUAGACAUUUUAAAUGAUGAUCUCAUUUCACGGGUACGCAGUAAAAUUAACAGUGGCAGUAAGGAGCUAUUUGAGCCAUGUGUUAAGGCGGUUAAAGCAUUUCUAGCGGGUGAACCAUUCCAAGAAUUUGAAACUUCAAUGUAUUUUCAUCGUUACUUACAAUGGAAAUGGCUGGAAGCACAACCCAUAACGUAUAAAACAUUUCGUAUGUAUCGUGUUUUGGGUAAAGGUGGUUUCGGCGAAGUAUGUGCAUGUCAGGUACGUGCCACAGGUAAAAUGUAUGCUUGCAAAAAAUUGGAAAAGAAACGCAUUAAAAAACGUAAAGGCGAAUCGAUGGUAUUAACGGAGAAGCAAAUUUUGCAGAAAAUAAAUUCUCGUUUUGUGGUCAAUCUUGCGUAUGCCUAUGAGACAAAGGAUGCUCUAUGUUUGGUACUGACCAUUAUGAAUGGUGGUGACUUAAAGUUUCACAUUUACAAUAUGGGAGGUGAUCCGGGUUUUGAAAUGGUACGAGCACGAUUUUAUGCCGCCGAAGUUGUUUGUGGACUGGAGCAUUUACAUCAACAGGGUAUAGUUUAUAGAGACUGUAAACCCGAAAAUAUAUUGCUCGAUGAUCAUGGACACGUCAGAAUAUCCGAUUUGGGUUUAGCCGUUGAAAUUGAUGGUGAAAUGGUGAGAGGACGUGUAGGAACAGUGGGUUAUAUGGCUCCAGAGGUUAUAGAUAAUGAAAAAUACUCAUUUUCUCCCGAUUGGUUUAGUUUUGGUUGUCUGCUGUACGAAAUGAUUGAGGGUCAGGCACCGUUUAGAGCACGUAAAGAAAAAGUCAAACGAGAAGAGGUUGAUAGAAGAGUCAAGGAGGAUCCCGAAAAAUAUUCUAGUAAAUUUAAUGAUGAAGCCAGAUCCUUAUGCCAACAGUUGCUAGCCAAAUCAAUAAAAUUACGUUUAGGCUGUCGUAAUGGUCGUUUUGGUGCUAGAGAAGUUAAAUUACACCCCUUCUUUAAUUGUAUCAAUUGGAAGCGUUUAGAGGCUGGUAUGGUUGAACCACCAUUUGUACCAGAUCCCCAUGCAGUUUAUGCCAAAGAUGUCUUGGAUAUCGAACAAUUUUCAACAGUUAAAGGUGUGAAUAUUGAUGAAUCCGAUUCGAAUUUUUAUACGAAAUUCAAUACUGGUUCUGUGUCCAUAUCUUGGCAAAAUGAAAUGAUGGAAACCGAAUGUUUUAGAGAAUUAAACGUUUUUGGUCCCGACGAUAAUCCAACGCCUGAUUUACUUAUCAAUGCCACACCACAACCCGAUACAUCUGGUUGUUUUCCAUUUAGGAGAAAGAAAAAACAACCAGCUAGAACACAACCCAUUCCCAUUCCUGAACAUUUAUUAACUACUAGUCACAGUGUUAGUUCCACAACCGUUGAAAGCUGAUAGAAUAAAAUUUCUGCUGCAAAUAUCAUAUUGACUAAUUGUCGAAACAACUCUUUAACAACAAAAGUUACUUUAAAAAGCACAAAUGAUUGAAAAUGUUUAAACAAAAAAAAGAAACAUUUUCAAAUUUCACACGUAACAAAUAACAUUCAUAAAUACAUCCACAUCAUCAUACUCAUACUCACCUUAUCAAAUUCAUACAAAAAAACAAUUGCAACUUUUAAUUCGAUUGAGAAACGCAAACAAAUACACACAUUAAAACUAAACUAAAUAAAUAAGAAAUCUAAGAUUAAACAAAACCCCCUUGAUGCUAAAGAUUAUGUUAAAAUAUUAAGUAAAAGAAAUAACAAAAACCAAUUGAAGUGAUGUGAAACUACUCAAACGUUUAGAGUAAAUGACGCAACAAUUCAGAAAACUAACCAACCAACACAUUAUAGCCUGCUAAGCUUUCAAAUUGCUCCUUAUGUUAAAGGAGCUUUAAUUAUUAAUUGUAUCUAAACAAGUAAGUAAAUUUUAAUUUAAUUUUUAUUAUAUUAUAAGUUUGUUUUAAUUAUUAAGUACUACAUAUUAUGUUGUAUUGUUUAUUAUUUGUAUAUUAUUAUAUUUUUAAUUACGUGUAUAUUUCGUUAACGUACAACGUGCAACAGAGAUAUUCAACGAAAACUGAGCAGAUUUUUAUUUUACUAAUCUCAGUAAUUGUUGAAAUUAGAUGUGCUUGUAUAAUUUAAUAAUAAUUUAUGUAUAAAUUAUAUAUUUAUGUAGUUUACUAUUUACGAAAUUUAAAAAGACUAUAUUUUUUAAAAGGAAAUAAAAAGAAAUUUUAUUUUUUAUUUAAAAUAAUAACAAUUUUAAGCAUAAAAUGUUAUAUAUAACUGUAUGUAUAACUAAACACCCAAGUAACAAUAUUAAAUAACGCAUAAAUUAUAUACUCUAUUUUUUUUUAUUUGUUUUUGUUCUUUUAGAAAGAAACUAUAAAAAUGAUAUACCUACAUACAUACAUGUAUAUUUUUUAAAUUUAUUUUAUUAUAAAAAUUUGUAGAAAACAGCUAAAAGAAAUAAUGACAACAAAAAUACAAAUCUACAAAUGUGUUCUGAGUUAUUACGUAAAAAAAUCGAAAUAAAGUCGUAAGGUUGUAAUAGAAAAAUUUAACAAAAUUCUUAAGUAGUGUUUUAAAACAUGAAACACGUGUAAAAUUCUUCUCCUCAAUUGAUAACAUCUAUUUUUUUUUAAAUUGUGGUUUUUGUUGUUGUAACGUCUAAAAAUAUACAAUUUUAUAUUCCAUCAAUAAUUAUAUUGAUAUUGUCUCUAUGAAUGUCGUUCAAAGCUGCCGUAUGCGAAUUAUGAUCCAAUGAAUCAUCUCCUCGUAUGCAGCUGUUGCUGACUUGACAAUCUUUGGCCGAGUAAGACUCGGAUAGUUUCGGAGUAAAAAUCCAAUUUUCGUUGGAAUGACGACAAACUUUUCUGUUGUUGUGGCUGAGUUUACAGCACUUAGCCGAGUGAAUUCGGGUUAUUCCGGUACAUCGAAUCGGCUGUCGUGGGAAUUACUCCUUUCUGUUGUUUUUGUUGUUGAAGUUAGAAUGUGAAAAUUCUGAAUUAAUAAUUAUAAUAAACAUAAUAAAAUAGAAAAUGAAUUGUAAAUUGUUAUUAUUAGUCAAAUCUAAAAACAUUCAGGCUAAGUUAUUCCAACAUAGGAAGAAAUAAAGCAUUGACUCAUAGGAAAAUUGGCAAAAUAACUCUGUAAGGACUGAAAAAUUGUCAUCUCGGGGACUAAUUUUCUUCGAAAUCCAUUCUGGAUAUGGCUCGAAUAUGAAAGGCGUACUCAGACUCUGUUUGUAUAUAGACAAGUUUAGCUAUAGUCAAGAAUUCAUCUUUUUACCCAGUCUGGUAGUAUAUUUCCCAAAAUGGGAACAAAGAAAGCAUUUCCGAUGAGAAAAAAAUUGAUAUUAAAUAAAUAAAAUAAAAAAAAAUACCAAAAAGUAAGGAAUUAUAAAUUAAUAUUAAUUAAAAGUGCUGAAUUGCAAUUACAGUUGUCUUGUUGACUAAUUUUAAAUUUAAAUCCUUUAGGGUAUGGAUAUAAAAUGAGGGAAUACUUCAGUAAUUCUGCAAACUUCUGCAUAAAAAAACAAAUAUAAAAACUGUUAAAAUCAAACACCAAAAUAGUAGAUAUUUAAAUUCUUACGGCAGUCCGAACAUAUACAAAACUAUGUUUAAGUCGAAACGAAAUUCUUUAAAUGGAUCGUCAUACUAGUUGUGCUAGUAGAGAUGACUACUGCUAUUGGAAACUAAUUUUGCCUAUUAUUAACAUGAUUUUUAAUAAUGAUGAAAAAGGAAAUUUAAUAAAUUUUUAGCAAGUAAAUGCCAUUUGAAAGCGUUUUCAAAAUGUUAAUUUCAUACAUCCACAAUAAUUUCAAGCGGACAAACAGAAUAGAGUAAAUAUGAAUUUGUUCGUUCAUGAACAACCCAACUCUAGUACAGCGUACUAAAAAUAUUUAACUAUAUAUACGAAUUCAUACAUAACUCGAGUUUCCAAAACAAAUUAAAAUACCGGGUUUCGAUUUAAAAAAAUUAAAACCGAUCGGUAGCAUUUUGUUUUUAUAUUGGGCAAAUUUAUUAUAGAAAUCGAUUCAAUUAAAUUUUUUCAUCGAUUUGAAUUAAGCUCAUCAGAUCAGUGUCUUAUAUAAAACUACAUACUUGUAUCAAAAAAGAAAAUGAUGUCUUCAGAAAAUCAAGGUCUUCACAGUUCCUUUAAUACCAGACUACAAUUAGAAGAAUUUGAUGGAUGAAUCAUCAGAAUUUAAAGUCUGGUUUGAAAGGUACUAACAACAAAAUGACACAUACGCCCAAGUUCUUUUACCCGGCCUAAAUCAAAUAAAGUUUAAUUUAGGAUAACAAUGAAUUUCAAAGAAAUUUAUAUUAAACAAAUAUUACAGAAUAUUUUUGGGCGGCAAUGUAAUAAUUUGAAUAUCUUGCAACCGUUUUUUUUGUGAGAAAUAUAAUUCAGAUUAUGAUGUGAUUUUACAUGGAAAAAUAUAUCUAGCGUCUGAUACUUUAGAAUUUUGUUAAAUAUUUUAUUGAAGCUUUUACAUUGGUAUUUACAAAAUUUUUAAAAUUAAAAAACUUAUAUUUUCCUAAAUAUUUUAAAAAGGAAUUUAAAAUUAAAAUACAAAACUUUGUGCACACACAUAUUAAAUAAAAUUAGUAAGCAAAACCAUACCAUAAAUAAUUACAAAUAAUAAGUAAAACCCCAAACAUAAAGAAAGAAAAUUAACGCAUAAAUUGAAAGGUACUAACUAUAAAUUUAUAUUGUAGUUUAGUAAAGUAAAACAAAAACAUAAAAUUAUAGAAACAUAAGAAAAAUGCAAAAAAAAAAUAAUUUAAAUUCCAUUCAUAUUGAAAACCAAUACAUAUACUAAUUAUUAAAAAAAUUAAAAUAUCUAAAAUAUAAAACAUACAUACAUAAAUCCAAAGCUCAUGAGAUGGAAGGCCUCUUCUAACGCAUUAUCAUACAUACUUAGUAUUCGGUAUACAUUUAUAUUUUUGUUUUGUUUUUAGUUUAACUAAGUGUUAAUUGUUUGUUUUAGCCAUUAUAUUUAUUUUCUUAAUACUCCAUUUUUAUUAAAUAAAAAUUUUGAAAAGAAAAAAAAAAUUAUUUACAAUUUAGUUUGAAGUGCCUACUUAUGUUGCAAUAAUUUUUUAAAUUAACUAUUUUUGUCUCCACUACUAAAAACAAAAUAAAAAUAAACAACAGGAAUAAAAAAACAGAUCUUCAUUUGUUUUAACCGCUUUUUAAUAAUUUGUAAAUUUUACCUUAGUCGAUAAAAUAAAAAUUUUUUGUAUUUUAAAAAUUAAAAAAUAUAUACAUACAUAUAAAAUAUUGAAAAAAACAUUAGUUUAAAUGAAAACAAAGUAAACAAAAAACAAAAUAAUUGUAAUGGUAAUAACGUAAUAAUAAAAAACAUAACAUAAUUAUUUGAAACAACAGUUUA